AUGGCUUCUCCGUUACUUGGUCCACCAGAGCUCCGACACUCCAACUCUAACCUCCCAGAACCAACCACAGAUUCUGGUCCAUCCAUGGAGCUAAUAGUCUCAAGCUUCAACAAAUCAACCAUAGUCAACGACGACCUCUCUUCUCCUCCUCCUAUGGGCCAGACACGUACCUCUCCAUGCCUUGACUUCUUCUUCCACGUUGUUCCAAGCACUCCAAAGGAAUCUCUCGAAGACAGACUCUACGAGGCUUGGAAUCACGAUGCGUUAACCACUCUCAAGCUUGUAUGUAACCUUCGUGGAGGCCGUGGUACUGGAAAAUCCGAUAAGGAAGGGUUUUACACGGCCGCUUUAUGGCUCCAUGAUUAUCAUCCCAAAACCCUCGCUUGUAACCUCGAAUCUCUCUCGAAAUUUGGUUACUUUAAGGAUUUCCCAGAGAUUCUUUACCGGAUUUUACAAGGCCACGAGAUCCGCAAGACUCAGAAAUCUGAAUGGAAACAGAGGAAAAUGGCACUCCGGUCUCGAGGUAGUACUAGAAGCGAAUUUUUCUCUAACCGUGUGGAUGCAAGCCGGAAGGACAAGAAGGUACUAUUGGGGAAGGAAGCAUACACUAGAUCACCUGAGAAGAGAUAUGGAGUUUUUGACUUGCGGCGAAACAAACAAGAUCUCUCGAAAUGGUGUCCUUCGAUCGAUUCAUGUUUUGACAGAGCAACUCUGAUCUGCGAGAGCAUCGCUAAGAAGCUGUUUCCACGUGAAUCCUUCCCGGAAUACGAAGGUGUAGAAGAAGCUCAUUACGCGUACAGAGUCCGUGAUCGGUUACGGAAACAGGUUCUUGUUCCUCUCCGUAAAACUCUGCAACUUCCGGAGGUUUACAUGGGAGCGAGCGAUUGGAAUUCUCUUCCGUACAAUCGAGUAGCAUCGGUGGCGAUGAAAUCGUACAAGGAGAUUUUCCUGAAGCGGGACGCGGAGAGAUUCCAGCAGUAUCUAGAAGAUGCGAGAUCGGGGAAAACGAAGAUCGCCGCCGGAGCUGUAUUGCCCCACGAGAUCAUCGGAGAAUUAAACGGCGGAGACGGUGGACAAGUGGCUGAGCUUCAAUGGAAACGAAUGGUUGAUGAUAUGAGAAAAAAGGGCUCUUUGACGAACUGCAUCGCUAUCUCCGACGUGUCGGGAUCUAUGAGAGGUACUCCGAUGGAGGUUGCAGUCGCUCUGGGUUUACUCGUCUCUGAGUCAUCUGAAGACCCAUGGAGAGGAAAGCUUAUAACUUUCAGCGAAAACCCAGAACUGCAUUUGGUUAAAGGAGACGACUUGAGAAGGAAAACAGAGUUUGUGAGGAGAAUGGAGUGGGAUAUGAACACUGAUUUUCAGAAAGUGUUCGAUCUGAUUCUGAAAGUUGCGGUGGAAGGGAGAGUGAAACCGGAGGAGAUGAUCAAGAGGGUUUUCGUGUUCAGCGACAUGGAGUUCGAUCAAGCUAGAGUUAAACAAUAUCGGCGUUAUGGUGGAUGCUAUCAAGAGAGGAAUGGUGGAUGGGAAACGGAUUACGAAGCGAUCAUGAGGAAGUACAGGGAGAAUGGGUACGGUGAAGCUGUGCCGGAGAUAGUGUUUUGGAAUCUGAGGAAUUCGGGUUGUACCCCGGUGACGGGAAGUGAGAAAGGAGUGGCAUUGGUGAGUGGGUUUUCGAAGAAUUUGAUCAAAAUGUUUUUGGAUAAUGACGGAGGGAUUAGUCCAAUGAAGAUGAUGGAGGCUGCUAUAUCAGGAGAAGAGUAUGAGACGCUUGUUGUAAUUGAGAACGAUGUAAUAAGCAACAAGCCAACAAGAUAUAGUAAAGGAAAGAAUAGAAUGAAGCCCAAGGUCAUCUCUCGGCCAAAACCUGUACUGAGUUUUGGAUUGGAACUUUUAGGUUUUGGAUUGGAUUAG